AUAUACAAAUACAGCUUUAAUCGUCCAGAUCUUUCAACCCGUGCACUUUGAGCCGGUAACCAGCAUGCUGCAUUGAUUUACCAUCAAAACGCGCGCCCCCUGUCUGAAAGCAGUUUCGCAGCGCGCGCGUCUUUGAUGUUUUCUUCUUCUUUUUACAAUGUUUGUCCAGUUGCACGGCUCACUGUGCCGCUUCAUAAAAGUUUCCGACUCAGGACGGCCAUUGGGGGGCGGUCAGAGGGGGCGGGGGUCGCCCGCCCGCCCUUUCCACCUCCAUUCACUCUGUGAAAGGCUGCCGCCGCGUCCCUCUCUCGCUCCCUCAUUGUGGUCAGUCUGUUUGCGUCCUUCGCUCCUUCCCCGGAGGUGCGCUCUGCGCUUUGUUGCUCCGGACCUUGAUUAUCCCAGGAGGGUGGCUUGGUUUUUAAAGCAGCCAAUUAGCACGCGCUCGCCCGAAUACUCAUUAAACAUCACGCGCUUUAAAGCUGGAAGUCGUUUUUUUGAUUUUCUCAAGCUAUAGCCCAUAUCUUCCUGUUUCUUUUUUUUUUUUUUGGAAACCUCCCAAGACUCGAAGGAGGGAUGGAAUCACUCGUUCAGAAGAGCAAACAUGCCUGAGAUCCUUCUCCAGCUUUUUUUGCAGGGCAGGCAUUCAGAGGACAGGAGGAGGCAAAGGCAGCCGCCGCUCACAGGGACACGCGUGUUUCUGUUGGUGCUCUUGACUUGCGAUUUGCUCGACGUUUCUUUGAGCGCCGGCGCGACGGGAUCCACGGCGGGACACGAGGGCUUCUGUCCCAACAAGCUGAACUCCAAUCUCUGGGUUGAUGCGCAGAGCACCUGCGAAAGGGAAUGCAGCGUCGAUGAGGACUGCGCUGGACACGAGAAGUGUUGCACCAACGUGUGUGGCCUCCACAGCUGCGUGUCUGCGCGUUUCUCCGACGGCGUCCCCGCCCAGCCGGACGGCAAGGAAGGCGGAGGCGAUGGAGACGCCGCCCCGGCCUCCGCUGCUACCUGCGAGGGCUUCAUCUGCAGCCAGCAGGGGGCGACCUGCGACAUCUGGGACGGGCAGCCCAUCUGCAAGUGCCAGGACCGCUGCGAGAAGGAGCCCUACUUCACCUGCGCCUCGGACGGCCUCACUUAUUUCAACCGCUGCUACAUGGACGCGGAGGCCUGCAUCCGCGGAGUCACGCUGACUGUGGUCCCUUGCCGGUUCUACCUCGCCGGCCCUCACACGAGCCCCUUCCCUCAGGACACCACGGUUUCCCCGACCCCGACGUCCUCGCACGAGGACCCCAUGCCCCCCACGCUGUACUCCAACCCUCACCACCAGUCCGUCUAUGUCGGAGGGACCGUUAGCUUCCACUGCGACGUGAUUGGCGUCCCCCGACCUGACGUCACAUGGGAGAAGCAGAGCGAAAGGCGCGAGCGGCUGGUCAUGAGGCCGGACCAGAUGUACGGUAACGUGGUCAUAACAAACAUCGGGCAGCUGGUCGUUUACAACGCCCAGGUGUGGGAUACGGGCAUAUACACGUGUAUCGCAAGAAACUCCGUGGGGGUGCUCCAAGCAGACUACCCGCUGUCUGUUGUCCGCCGAGCCGACGACGAUUUUUCCGAGGAUCCCGAGUUGCCCAUGGGGCGGCCGUUUUCUCCAGCGGACUGCCUGGCGGAAGUCGACACGCGAGUCUGCAGCGGGGAGCGUCACGUGGACUGGUACUACGACGGCAAGCUGGGCUCCUGCGCGACCUUCAGCAGCGGCGGCUGCGACGACAGCCGCAACCGCUUCGAGACGUACGAGGAGUGCAAAGCGUCCUGUCAGAGAGAGGGGAUGGGGAUCUGCUCCCUGCCAGCGGUCCAGGGUCCCUGCAAGAACUGGGAGGCACGCUGGGCCUGGAACUCCCUAAUGAAACAGUGCCAGCCCUUCGUCUACGGCGGAUGCCAGGGGAACGCCAACAGCUUCCGCACGAAGAAGGAGUGCGAGGCGAACUGUCCGCAGCCCAAGCGGAAGCCGUGCCGGACCUGUCGGAUGAGGGGGAAAAUGAUGCCCAACCUGUGCCGCAGCGACUUCGCCAUCGUCGGCCGGCUGACGGAGCUCAUCGAGGACCUCGACUCCGGUUUGGCUCGCUUCAGCCUGGACGAGGUCCUGAGGGAUGAAAAGAUGGGCCUGACUUUCUUCAACACUAAAAACCUGGAGGUGACCAUCGCUAAGAUUGACUGGAGCUGCCCCUGCCCCAACAUCACCAUGGAGGACAACCCCUUGCUGGUGAUGGGCGCGGUGCAGGACGGUAUGGCCGUCAUCCAGCCGGACAGCUACGUCAAAGCCAUCCCUGAACGCAGGCUCCGAAGGCUGCGUGACGCCGUCAAAAAAAACGCGUGCGGAACAUAAUAAGGCUUGCUGGGACACAAUUCAUUGUU